UAUCCCUAAAACGAGUGCUCCUCCGCGCCGGGCUGAAGAUGGCGGUGAUCCCACCGAGGUGUUACGGCCACUCGACAUGAUAGUCAAUUUUACUAUGAUAUUCAAAUAAAUCGGACAUUUUUGAACACCACACAAUCCUUGUACGACAGCCAGCUAAAUGACGUCCAUCAUUUUCAUAGCUUUUUCUUUUUUGCGUUUUAAGAUAUUUUUCUGACAGGACAAUGUUCACGUUGUAGCUAGCUCGCCUACCAUCUAGCUAGCCGAACCCCGAGCUAGCCAGCUAACGUUAGCUAGCUGGUAGCUAACCGCAGCACCGCCGUAGAAAGUGGAGAAUGGGAGAAAAGCUGGAACUCAAACUGAAGUCGCCGGUUGGGGCAGAAGCCUCUUCCUAUCCGUGGCCGUUACCAGUAUACGAUAAACACCACGAUGCUGCUCAUGAAAUUAUCGAGACCAUCCGGUGGGUGUGUGAGGAGAUCCCAGACCUCAAGCUGGCCAUGGAGAACUACGUCCUCAUUGACUACGACACCAAGAGCUUUGAGAGUAUGCUACGACUGUGUGAUAAGUACAACAGGGCCAUUGACAGCAUACAUCAGCUGUGGAAGGGCACCACCCAGCCCAUGAAGCUGAACAAGCGGCCCUCCAACGGGCUGCUGCGCCACAUCCUGCAGCAGGUGUACAACCACUCAGUCACCGACCCUGAAAAGCUCAACAACUACGAGCCCUUCUCCCCCGAGGUGUACGGCGAGACGUCCUUCGACCUGGUCGCCCAGAUCAUCGACGAGAUGGAGAUGAUGGAGGACGACACCUUUGUAGACCUGGGCAGCGGUGUGGGCCAGGUGGUGCUGCAGGUUGCUGCGGCAACUAAUUGUAAACACUAUUAUGGGGUGGAGAAAGCAGACAUUCCAGCGACUUACGCAGAGUCUAUGGACAAAGAGUUUAAGAAGUGGAUGAAGUGGUAUGGGAAGAAACAUGGGGGAUACACGUUGGAGCGAGGGGACUUCCUGUCGGAGGAGUGGAAGGACAGGAUCGCCAACACAAGUGUGAUAUUUGUGAAUAAUUUCGCCUUCGGACCCGAGGUCGACCACCAACUGAAGGAACGCUUCGCCAACAUGAAGGAAGGUGGGAAGAUCGUUUCCUCCAAACCUUUUGCACCUCUGAACUUUAGAAUCAACAGUCGGAACCUGAGUGACAUCGGUACGAUCAUGAGAGUGGUGGAACUGUCUCCUCUCCGGGGUUCAGUGUCCUGGACAGGAAAACCCGUCUCCUACUAUCUGCACACCAUAGACCGCACCAUACUUGAAAACUAUUUUUCUAGUCUGAAGAAUCCUAAACUCAGGGAGGAGCAGGAGAUAGCCAGGCGACGGCUGCAGAAGGAAACUAAAGACAGCAAGAGCAGCUCUGCCCUGAACCCCUCUACCCUCUACUCUGCCAAGAGCACCUCUACCCUCUACUCCACCACCCUGACCAAGUCUACCAAGGGCAGCUCCACCACCCCGACCAAGUCCAAGGAGAUCAAGGACUCUGGGGGGGAGGAGGAUGGGGGCGUCGUCAACGUGGUGAAGCCGCCUCCCCGCCCACGCAGGCCCCGCCUCCUGAAGAGGAACACCAGGAAAAGGGGCCGGCCAAAGAAGGCCCCUCCCCCUGCAAGCUCCGCCCACGCCGCACCCUCUGCUAGCUCCGCCCACGCGGGCCUCAGCGCCCUGGAGCUGCUGCACGCCAAGACCCUGUCCUCUGCCCCCGGCCAGGAUGUAUAUGGUGCUCAGAGCUCGUUCUACCAGCUAUCUCCUAAAGUCCAGACCUGCUCUUCUGUUCUCCUGGGCCCCCCUCCUCCUGCCCUGCAGCAGCUGCUGGAUAACUUCAGGGUUCAGUACCUGCAGCUCAUGGCUCACAUGCAGAUGCCCCAGUACCACUCCUCUCUACAGCUGCAGCUCCAGCAGGAGAAGGUAAAGCACAGGCAGCUCUGCAGUCAGGCGGAGCAGUUGCAGGAUGUGUGUCAAGCUCACAAGGACCAGAUCAAGGGGCUCUUCCACACCAAGCUGGAUGAGCUGGGGGUGAAGGCCCUGACAGAGCAGGAUGUGCUCCAGGCCCAGAAGGAGAUCUCCGCCCACAACCAGCAGCUGCAGGAGCAGACCAGACAGCUGCAGACGGACAUGCUGCAGCUCCGAGACCACAGCCUGCUGCUGCUGAAGGCUCGCUGUGAGGAGCUGCAGCUGGACUGGGGCGGUCUGUGUCUGGAGAGUCUUCUGAAGGAGAAGCAGGCUCUGCGAAGGCAGAUCUCUGAGAAACAACGCCUCUGUCUUGAGCUGCAGAUCAGCAUAGUGGAGCUGGAGAAGAGCCAGAGGCAACAGGAGCUUCUGCAACUCAAGUCCUACAGCGCCCCCUACAGGGGGGCCGGGGGGGCUCCCCCCCACCCUGCACUGGGAGGGCCCCCCGGGGGGGGUGGCCUCAACGGCAUGAGCCCCCAGCUGACCCUUAACGGGACGGCAUCCCCCGGAUACGAGCGGGUGGUCGGGGGGGCCCGCUACCUCCCCGUGUCCCCCGACCACGAGGCCCCCGCCCCCGACGCCAGGCAGCGAAUCCUGGGGGGGGGCGGGGGGCUGCACCCCCUCCCAGACUACACACGCUUCUCCCCUGCCAAGAUAGCCCUGAGGAGACACCUGAACCAGGACUCAGGGCAUCUCCGGGGGCUGGGGGGCCAUCGGGGGGAGCUAGGGGGGCUGGGGGCCCCCACGUUUGGGCCCAAACCCUACGGCUCUCCGUCCUCCAACGGACAGCUGAGCAGCACUGCAAAGACCUCCGACCGGGCUGGUAAGGAGAAGAGCCCUGCUCUGGCAGACACCAUCACCAGCCUUCCUGUCAGCAUCCCUCUCAGCACGGUGCACCCCAGCAAGCUGCCUGUUAGCAUCCCGCUAGCCAGCGUGGUGCUGCCCAGCCGGGCAGAGAGACUGAGGAGUACACCCAGUCCUGUGUCCCAGACUAAUGGAUACUCAGGUCUGGUCAACGGGGGCCCCCACCCCCCAGACGAGCAGGCAUCCCACGCCCCCCUGCCGGCCAGCCGGCCCCCCCACAGCCCCCCUUCCAGCACGGGAGGAGUACUGCAGUAUGCCGACGCCCCCCCCAGAGCCCCCCCUGACGACGGGGGAGGUGCCUCAGACUCAGACCCCCUGGAUGGAGAGACGCGCCGGCGGAUCUUCUUCUCCUCCUCUUCCUCUUCCUCCUCCUCCUCUUCCUCACUGGGCGGGGCCUCGUCCAGGCUCCACCCCCCAUCCAUCGGCGCCAAGCACCACGGCAAUCACCACCACCACCACCAAGCUACGUCUGGAGUCUCUCCACACACACACCCUCACACACACACUUACUCCCAGGAGGGGCGCAGACGGGGGAGGAGGAAGCGGAGUUUGGCAGGGGGGCCUCCGGCCACCACGUCCCCCAAAAGGAAGGCCUUCCCUGGACUAGGCUCUGGAGUGCAGCCCUCUGGCUCCCCCCUCAACAUCAGCUCCAUGGUGAACAACAUCAACCAGCCUCUAGAGAUCUCAGCCAUCUCCUCCCCGGAGCAGUCUUGCCGGAGCCCGGGCCCCCCCAACCUUGACCCCCCUGGGCCCCCUGACCUGGACCCCCCCGUGCUGCAGAGGGAACGCCCCCUGGUGGCCCCUGGCUGCUACUCCUCAGACCCCAGCUCAGACGACGAGGACUCAGGGUACCCUGCCAACCGCUCCCGGAUUGAAAGGAAGAUCGCCACCAUCUCUCUGGAGAGCCGAGACGUGGCGGGGAGAGGAGAGAGAGUUGGCAGGAAGUCAGGUGGAAGUAGUGGCAACAUAACAGGAAGUGAAGUCAGCUCUUCCUCCUCCUCCUCCACCUCCAAAUGGAAAUCGACCUUCUCCCCCAUUUCCGACCCCAAGCCCCCCCAAGACCUCCGCCAGGGGGGCUCCCCCCCAGGGGGGCCACGUGGCCAGGGGGGCAGCACCGACUCAGACUCAGACCACAAGCCCUCUCAGCGCCGGAGGGGACCCAGUGGGGACAUUACCCCCCCCAACCCCUUCCUCAGCCAGGAGGCAGGGGGGCGGGGAGCCAGCGGGGGGCCAGCGGGUGGAAGGCAGAAGUGUCGUGAGUGGGAGGUGAAGAUGUCACCCCCGGGCCUGUCCAGCCAGAACCUCUUCAUCUCUGCCAGCGCUGGGCUGCUGGCCGGCAGGGUGGGGGGGGGCAGCCCCGGGGCCGGGCCGGGGGGCGGGACACCCUACCUGGGUCAGUUCCCCCUGGGGGGGGCCUCUGUGCUCCAGUCUCUGUUUGGGGCCCAGACCGGGGCCCCCACGGGUGGGGCGGGGCGGCUGGUCAACGGACACACAACCCUGGGAGGAUUCUCCAGCCCUGGGCUGGCCGGAGGCACUGCUGGAGGUAACUGAAGAUAUCUACCUCAAGACAACCAUAGCUAUGCAAGCAGUCCAGGUGUGGACCCAAGACCUUCUGCUCUUUGGUCCUCCAGUCCUGACACGCACACACACACACACACACACACACACACCACUGUGAAGGUCAUGUUUGUGUGAGGAGGAGGAGGGGGGGCACCUCGUGAGUGGACACCUGGCCCGGCUGUUUCUACGGGGCAGUAGAGAGUUCAUCACUGCCCCCCAGGUGCUGAAAUCUUUUAUGAAAUAGGAAAAGAAAAAAAAGAAAAGAAAAAAAAUGCCACCCUUUUUGAAUGUUUUAGACUUGAUUCUGAUAUUGAUAUACAGAUCAAAGCACAGCACAUUCCACUAAGUUCACACUACCUAGUUACCUAGGUAACUGCUCAGUGCGCUCUCAUCUUCUUAACCUCUAACCCCUCACAUAACCAGGUCACAUGAUCAUUGAGGACACUUUGACCCUGGGGUAAGGUGCUGGGUGCUAUGGUAACCAGGGUUCACACUGGAUAACCCCCUCCCCGCACACACACACACACACACACACUGUGGUGAAGCAGGGCAGUAUAAGCAGGCAUGAUGUCACCUGCUUGUUAGUGAACAGAAGAGAUGAAAGGAGAAACCACGGUGCUAGCCAGGGCGCUCACCCUAGCAGGGCGCUCACCCUAGCAGGGCGCUCACCCUAGCAGGGCGCUAACCCUAGCAGGGCGCUAACCCUAGCAGGGCGCUAACCCUAGCAGGGCGCUCAUGUCUCAUCCCUUCUCUUCUCCUCUGGGCGGCCUCACCUGCCGCCACCCUGACCACUUCCUGUUCUGUUGUGGUGGUUCCUGUAACUCGUCCAACCCCAUACACACUCGCGCGCGCGCACACACACACACACAGCAAUCCAAAACCUCUUUUCAUACACACUGGGAAUUCAAGAGUUAACAAACAGUAACAAACUACUGGGCAAUUUUCACCGCGUUUUUAAUCUUUUUAUUUUCUAUUUCAUUGUACAUUGUGAACUAUGUUGUACUGUGAAUGGAGAUCAUUCUCUGGCUAUAUAAUUGUGUAUAAUUUAGAUUAUUAUAUUUAUGCUGUCAGAUGGUCUCCAUUCGCUAUGUGGAUUAGAGGUUUUCUAAUUCUGUUUUUUUGUCUUUUGUUUUGUUGUGUUAAAAUCCUGAACCAUGUGUGGAAUGCAUAAAUUUGUGUAUACUUGACUCAGUCAAAAAAACAAUGGUGCUAUGAUCUGUACAACUCUGGACUGUGCCUGAGUAAAGUUUCUUCAAUAUUGAGCGGAUCAGUGAGUUGUACUGAGCUAGCGAUGCCCUCCUGCUGUGGACAGGGUGUCCUCCCAGGUGCUGAUGAUAGACCAAGCAGGUGCUACGAAGACUGGGCCUCCACAGGUACCAGCCUCUCUAGCUUGGAGUCACACACACACACACACACCUCACACACACUGCAGGGAACUCCCGCUACUCUCAUACAUCUGUCAUCGGAAGGGAGAUUAUAGCUCGGUGGUUAGAGUAUUUGACUCCAGAUUGAGAUCACAGGUUCAAAUCCCCCUUUUGUAUAUCUCCUAAAUGAAUAUAUGGAUGUUAACCAGCAGGCUGCAGCCAGGCAGGCUGAACCCAGUUAGACCUGCUGUUGGAUCUAGAACCCAGUGAGACCUGCUGUUGGAUCUAGCUCUUCCAGCCUGACUGAUAGGAAGCUAGUUGUUCCUGUGUUCACCCAGCACCCCCCCUCCUCUACUAACCUGGUGAGAGCCACCCUCUGCAACCCAGCCUUACAUCCAUCCCUCUGAUACCAACUGUUCCCAUAGAUCUGGUGCUAACUAACAUGCUGUGCUAUUGGUGUGUGUGUGUGUGUGUGUGUGUGUGUGUGUGUGUGUGUGUGUGGUACCUUUAGCGGACAGGUGUGUGUGCGCGCCCGCGCGCCCUGUGUGCUCCACCAACCCAGUUUCUAUACUUUCCCGGGGUGCUCAGAUGAGAAGCACAAUGCUGUGUUUGUCUAGUACUGUUCAGAAACAGUGUUGUGUUGGUCUAGUACUUUUCAGAAACACAGUGUUGUGUUGGUCUAGUACUGUUCUCUGCAGUCUGGUGGUCUUUUACACCUUUAACAAGGACAAAGCAGCUAUAUCCCUUUCUGCUACCAUGCUAGCAUUCUACUGAUAGCUGGGGCACGGGUACCUAGCUAGCAUGUUAGCCUUCUACUGUUAGCGGGGGUGGGGGUACCUAGCUAGCAUGCUAGCCUUCUACUGUUGGCAGGGGCUGGGGUACCUAGCUAGCAUGCUAGCCUUCUACUGUUAGCAGGGGCUGGGGUACCUAGCUAGCAUGUUAGCCUUCUACUGUUGGCAGGGGCUGGGGUACCUAGCUAGCAUGUUAGCCUUCUACUGUUAGCAUAGGCCGGGGUACCUAGCUAGCAUGCUAGUCAACCUCUGCUGUCUUGUCAUGAAAUGCUUCCUCCAUCUCUGGGGGCACCGUGUGUGGGAGUGAGAACUCAGCUGUCAUCACCGUUCUGUAGCGCAAUAUUAGAUUGUACCACCUUUAAAACAAGGAAUUCGAGAUCUGUCCCACUUCCUGUUUGUGCACCUGUUAGGCAGAGGACUACAAACGCAAACAGAGGACUACAAACAUGAACCCUGAUAUUUAACUCAGGAACCUGUCAAAAUGAGGUAACAUUUUCUAACUACUGGAAGUCAAAUCAGGUGUGGCAUUGACCAACUCAGGACCGACACCCUUCUCUCUGAUGAUGCGACUCGUAAUAACUGGUGCUGUCAGUCAACAGUCUUUUAUUUGUCAGGUACACAGAUCGCCUUACUGAUAAGUGUUUGGGUCUCUUACUCCCCAACCUAAAGAUUCUCACUGUCACACACGGGUGGUGCCCCCCCCCCCCACAGGCCUCUCACAGGCACACCCACUCUGCAAGCUGGAAUAAGUGUGUGUGUGACAGGUGUGUGUUGAUCAGUGAAGCCAGAUCAGGUGUGUUGAUGAGGUGAAAGAGGUGCAAUAACAGCAAACCUCUGUUACAGACUCCAGGGUUUGUGUUGGUGCUUAUAUCUUUUAAGAUGUUUAAAUGACAACAUUUUGAAAUUAAAUGUUUGUUUUUUCCGCAUUUUAUGAUAAUUAUUAAUAAAUAAUGGUUUCAUAUAAA